CAACGAUUUAUCGGUGUCCAACCAUCAGCGGCAACAUACACCGAAGAGUGCAAAAAGGAACAACCGUAAAAUAGUAGUCAAAACUAUCGAAGAAAUAAGAGCUAAAAUGCGAAAGUAUUAAAAAGUUACGCCAGGGCAUACAUUUUUUUUAUAAAUGGACCACAACUACCGGCCCAAAGAGAGUAAAGCAAGCAAAAAAAGACGAAAAAAGCAACCAAUCGCCAUCAGCACCAACAAAAUUUGGCAAUAACAACAGCGGUUGUUCAUUCGCAAAGUGCAGCAACGAAUUUUUUUUUAUCGCUUUCCUUCACACAGCGAACGAUGCUCUCGUUUUUGCGCGCAGUGUUGCCACCAGUUUCGCCGCACACUCACACAUAACAACUGAUUGGAGUGCAAAAUGUCGCUGACUGCGAGUGCGGUUACAAAGUGUUGUUGUUGUGCGUGAGUGUAAAAUCGAAACGAAUGUGUAAGCUGAGGAAAAAUGCGUUUGCACGGCAAUAAACGCCAAAAACAACAACAUCCAAAACAACAGCAACACUACAGAAACUAUAAAAACACCAACGAAAAGGAAAACAAAAGGGAAAAUAAGAGCGAGCUAGCAAAUAUUCAGCAACGAAGAAAGUGCAACGACCGCCAAGCCAAGGCAGUACAAGUAAAGGAACUGCAAGCCGAGCAGCAGCAGCAGCAGGAAGAAAACAAUAAUCGCGCGCAGUUAGUAGUGCAGCCGAGGGGUAGCGAGCAAUCAUCGACUGACUUUGAAGUAACACGUCUGGUAAUAGAAGAGCAACCUAGGAAAGCAGAGACAACAUCGACUUCAGUAAACUUCACAAAAUAUAACCUAAACAGCGCGCCGCGACACAUACCGCUGCCGCUGCCACUGCCGCUGCACGUCCUACCCCACUUUCUGCUACUCAUCCUCCUUUGCUGUACGAUGCCCCCGCAAGCGCAGGCCGAUUGGCUGAUGGACUGCGGCGACUGUAUGUGCAAGUGGCAAUCGGGCAAGAAGACUGCCGACUGCAAGAAUCUCUCGCUCAAUGCGGUGCCAGAAAAUCUUAGCAACGAGGUACAAGUGAUUGACCUCUCCUUCAAUCGUGUUGCGAUAUUGGAGCAAAAUGCCUUCCUCAAUGCCGAUCUGCACAAUUUACACAAGCUAUUCAUGCGUAAUGCAUCAUUGCAACAGAUCGACCCACGCACGUUCACGCAACUGGAGAUACUCAUUGAAUUGGAUUUGUCGAAUAAUUUGUUGCGCAACCUGCAGGCGAAUGUUUUUGCGCGACUGGUGAAGGUGCGCUCGAUCGUGCUGAAUGGCAAUUGGUUGGAGGUGCUCGCCGAUGGCGUCUUCCAGAAUCUUAAGUACCUGCACAAGGUCGAGCUAAAGCACAAUCGUUUAGCGCGUAUUGGCCAAGAGGCAUUCGGCAACGUGCCGCUACUGUCACAGAUCUACUUGGAUGGCAAUAGACUGAGUUUCCUGCGAAAAGAGUCCUUUGAGUCUCUUAAGCGACUGACUGCGCUCUCACUCGAUUCGAAUCCGUGGAACUGCACUUGCGAGUUGCAGAUCUUUCGUGACUUUGUGCUGAAGCGUAACCUCUAUACGCCGCCCACGGCUUGUUAUUAUCCGGUACAUCUGCGCGGCAUGCUCUGGGUAGAAGAUCAACCGGAAGCGUUCGCAUGCAAGCCGCGCAUUAUGUUCCCAGCGCGCGGUACUUCCAUAAACACAUCGAAGGAGAAUGUGACGCUGGUGUGCCGUGUGCAUGCGUCACCAAACACGCUGAUAUCGUGGGACUUCAACAGGCAACAGUAUCGCGCUUCGACCAGCAACAGCGGCAGCGGCAGCGGCGCAAGCACACUCACCACCAGUAGCGCCAGCGGAGUCAGCUGUUGUGGCAGCGGUCAAGCACAGCGCGUUCACAUACAACUGCUGCGCGAUGAGCAAUCGAAAGAGAAGGAAUUCGGACGUGAUGUAUUCAUCUCGCGUCUCACCAUUGUGACUGCGGAGAAGAGCGAUGAAGGUGUUUACACGUGCACGGCGGAGAACGCGGGCGGCAAGGAUGCCGUACAAAUGAGUCUGUUGGUACAACGGCCAGGCCAACGCGAUAUGCUGCUGCAGGGCAAUUUAAUCAUUGUGAUUUCUCUUAUGGCACUGGGCUUGCUCAGCGUCUCUGUGUUCCUUGCGCUCAUAACCUGCUGCAUUUACAAACGUUUUAAGGCAAUGAGUCCCGCACAUCACCGGCAUCAUCAUUUCGAUGUGGCUGAUCAGCUGACGCCGGGUAUGGAUGGUCAUCAUACGACGACGACGACUACAGUGGCCGGCGGCACAGAUGUAGUGCUGGGCAUGGACGAUGCAGUCGGAAGCUACAAGCAUCAUUUGCAAAAGAAAAAUGCGAAUGGCGAUGUAAUGGAGGGCAAAGGCGGUGCCGGUGGCGGCGGUAGUGGGAAAUACACAGAGGUGAUAAAACAUGGCGUGACUGUGAUGGAUAAUGGUGGACUAUUGGGGAGAGGUGGCGGUGGCCGUGGCGGUGGCGGUGGUGGUAGUGAAGUUGAUGUUAGCAGUAUGCACAGAGGAGGCUCACAUGCGGACAAGAUGUACUUGGAGCGAAGCAAUGAAGAUACGCUUCACAUUAAGUACCCGCAUGGACCGUCCGCAGUUGAAAUAAAUCGUCUCCUCAAUUCAACAUCCACAACAACGCUGGAUAUUUCUGCUGGUGGCAAAGGUGCGCUCGGCAAUAGUAAAUGGCGUACGGAUGGGCAAAACAGCGAGGGUCACCUGAGUGGCGUGGGCGCGGGCGGGGGCGGCGGUGGCGGUGGCGGACGUGCAGGCGAAUAUCAACCUGACUUGCUGCCCGCGUACAGCACCCAUAAAGCAGCCAACAAUAGUGGCAGUAACAAUAACAUUAAUGGUCAUGCUAACAGUGUGGCCGGCAAUCAGCAAGGACAGCUUUAUAGUCCGAUAAAAACCACGAGGACAAUAAAUCUGCACGAUGACCAGCAAAUGUCACAACAACAACAGCAACAUCAGCAGCAACACCAACAAAUAACAAAUCAACAACCCAUUGUGGCCAAGUCUAAAUAUAAUAUCCACGCGCAAGAGUAUUUGCAAUCCAGGUAUGGCGCCGCAAGUAAACCCAGCGAAAAGACUUUGCGUCGCGGUGAAGUGAUUGCGGUGGCGACGACUAGCAUCGCACUCAACAGCACCGGGUCGUUGCCAACAACAACUGUCAGUACAGGUGGCGUGACGCCGCAGGCGGAAAGUGGCUUCUCGACGCUGCAACGGCAUAGCAAAUCAGUCGCGUUGCCACCGCGCACACCCACCGACACGUAUUCCGCAGCCGCAGCAGCAGCAGCAGUAGCAGCUACUGGCCAGAGCCAUUCUAACAGUUAUGGCUAUGAAUAUCGCCAACCACCACCGCCUCCCUACAACUCAGCGCAUCGCACGGCCAGUGGCUUGCAGUUAUUACAGCGUCGCACCAGCAUAAACAACGAGCAGAAUAGUGAGCAGACGAGCGCGAUGAAGGAUCUUGGCUAUCGAGAAGCGCUGAUGGGCAGCAACUAUGGCGGUGUUGGAGGUGUUGGUAUGGGCGAUGGCGCGCGUCAAACCAUUGUGACAGCUUCCUCUUCGCUGCAAUUCCUGACGACAACUGGCUAUGGUGGCAGUGUGGCGCCACAACGCCAGCUGCUUUGAUUAUCGACACAGGCGGGCGUGCUGAGAUAGAACAUUGGGCGGCUGCUAUAGGCGGCAUGCUGAGAUGUAGUGAUUUUACGGGCGGUCGGGAAUUCGGAAAAUUUAGGGUCUUCAAGUAUGCAGUAAUGGCAUUUUGCAAUUUGGAUUUCUUCAAGAAUAUUGUGGCGAAAACGCAAUUGUGUUGUAAACAUAUUCGAGAGAUCAAGAAACCUUUAAAAGGUUUGGAAUUUUUUAACUUAUAACUAACAUA